AUGACAGUCACAGAGACGGUCAAGGAGACAGUCAAAGGUGCUCUCGGCGCCAGCGAUGAGGCCCCUCGUGCAACUCGAGAGCAAAUGUCUGAAGCCAAAUUACCCCUAGCCUACCGAGACAGCUGCGCCCACCUCGCUAUCCCCCUCAAUCGGUGUCGAUUCGAAUCAUAUUACCUGCCUUGGAAAUGCGUGGAUGAGAGACAUUCGUAUGAGAAAUGCCAGUAUGUAGAAUUUAAGAAGAGGGUAGCGAAGAUGGAUGAGCUGAGGGCUGCAAAGGGUGGUGCAAGAAGCAAUUGA